CGUGCGUCGUGUCCGCGCGCGCUCUCCAAACGCCAAAACUGAAGCGGAAUUUGGACUUGUGGACACGGAGGAGUAAACACGAUGAGGUUUUGGAGGGACCAGUCUGCAGUUUAAAAUGGACGUCAGCAGAGAAGAGUCACUGCUGCUGCGGAGAUGCACCAAAGACUCUCUCAGUGAUGUGUCUGUCAGAUCCAAGACUCCUCCUCCAGAGUUCCCCAAUAAACCACCUUCUCCUGGACCCAGUGAGGCUUCGUCCGGCUUCGUCUCCCUGAAGUCCGAGGCUCCGCCCCUAAACUUUUCUAACGAACCUGUAACCAAAAGAUCAGAACUCUGCACUAAAGACUCUCUCAGUGAUGUGUCUGUCAGAUCCAAGACUCCUCCUCCAGAGUUCCCCAAUAAACCACCUUCUCCUGGACCCAGUGAGGCUUCGUCCGGCUUCGUCUCCCUGAAGUCCGAGGCUCCGCCCCUAAACUUUUCCAUCGAACCUGUAACCAAAACAUCAGAGCGCCGCAGCUGUUUAAAACGUGACACUGAAGACUGGCUGGACUUCCCCACAGCACAGAGUGAUUCUGUUUCAGGUGAUUCUGUUUCGGGUGAUUCUGUUUCGUUUCGGGUGGUUUUAAGGAGGAACUGUGGCGCAGAUGUGACAGAGUGACUGAAGGUUUAGAAGGAGCAGGAGAUAGAACGUCUCUGCUGAAGAUCUACACAGAGCUGUACAUCACACACAGCCACAGUGAAGACGACUGCACCCAACAUGAACUCACCAGGCUCCAGGCCGAGUUUGGGACCGGGACCAGC